AUGUAUGGAAGAACGUCGGGUCUUGAUAGGUUUAAGAAAGCCGAGAGUUUGGAACCGUUUUCUGUUGCUAUCAAUUCGUCUUCGAGAAAUGCUGCUCAGUCCUCUAAUAAAGUAGCUGCUUGGCCUUCACAGUCUCGGAAUUAUGUACAACAAUCCCAUCAUCAACAACAACAGCAACAUGCUUCUCACAAAGCUGUGGGAGUUGAGGCUGCCCCGUUGUUGGGACAGAAUCAACACGCAACUCAGAUUGGAGGAGGGCAGUCAACGUGGCAGCCGCCGGAUUGGGCGAUUGAGCCGAGGCCGGGUGUUUUUUACUUGGAAGUUAUGAAGGAUGGUCAGGUGCUAGAUCAGAUUAAUUUGGAUAGACGGAGGCAUAUCUUUGGGAGGCAAAUCCAGACUUGUGAUUUUGUGCUUGAUCAUCAGUCUGUCUCACGCCAACAUGCUGCGGUCGUUCCUCACAAGAAUGGGAGGAAUGAGGAUUCCCUAGCAAAUUGUGGAUUUAUUGGCUUGAACAAAUUUUUACUUUAUUUCAGUGUAUAUGUAAUUGAUUUGGGAUCUGCACAUGGUACCUUUGUUGCAAAUGAGCGAUUGACCAAGGACUCGCCAAUUGAGUUUGAAGUGGGACAAUCACUGCGGUUUGCUGCAUCCACGAGAAUAUACGUAUUAAGAAAGAAUGAUGCAGCUCUUUUUCCUCGUCCUCCACCACCCACGGAGAUUAAUUUCCCACCACCUCCUGAUCCGUCUGAUGAAGAAGCUGUUGUUACUUAUAAUACGCUGCUGAAUCGUUAUGGCAUCAACAAGUCUGAUCUAGUGUCCAAAUCCAAUGAGCUUGGCGGUUCAGCAAGUGGCCAAAACAAGGAUAGGCAAUCAGAAAGAGCUGCUAAGAGAAUUAAGAAGACAAGAGUUUCCUUCAGGGAUCAAGUUGGGGGAGAAUUAGUUCAGGUUGUUGGAAUUUCAGAUGGUGUAGAUGUAGAAACAGAACCUGGUCCAGUUGGUGUUAAAGAAGGAAGUCUUGUUGGUAAAUAUGAAUCUCUUGUACAGAUAACUGUAAUUCCGAAGGGGAAAGAGCAGUCCUCUGUUAAGGAGGCAGAUUCAUCCCAAAAAGGCGUGACUGAUAAACUACAAGAAGUCCUAAAAAAGAUCAAAACCCCAGUUAAAACUGGGAUUUAUGAUGACCUUUAUGGAGAAUCAUUAUCCGUCAAAGUUGGAUCAGCAUGGGCAUACCCACCUGUCAGUAGCGGUGAACAAGCUCAAGCAGCUAAGGAGAAUGGAAAAGAGAAUAAUUUAAGUGGAAAAUCUGACAGUAAUCCAAGCAAUGCUGAUGAGGAUGAUGAUGAUGACGAUGACUUGUUUGGGUGA